AUGAGUUCGUCCCACGCCCCAACCAGCCCGCCCACCGAUGGGGACACAGCAAGGACCAUUGUAUACGACCCGAGCGACCCGUUCUGGCGAGAUACCGAGGAUGAUGAUGACGACAUGGACUUUGUACCGGCAGAAGAGGGCACCGACGAUAAUGAGGAAGGUGAAGGUGAAGGUGAUCUGAGCUUUCACGAUGCUGCCGAACGAUUGAGUAACCUCAGCGGAGUGGAGAUCGCAUUCGAGUACAACGAUGAUAACGAUGAAGAUGACGAUGAAGACGAGACGGAUGACCCCCGCCGACCAGUCAUGAUUACUCGCGAACAAAUCAUGCAGUUGCUUGGGCACGCUGGAUUGGGACGCAUAUUCGCCGCCGACUUUAUCCCACGAUCUGCACUCCGGCGACGCAGACUUGACGAAGAUGAGGAGGAAGAAGAGGAAGACGAUAGCGACCCUGGCACUGGAUAUGACCCUGUUGGUCCGACAAGGACUUCUGGCAGAAGGCGGCGGCCACGAGGCAAAGAAUUGUUCGAGAAGGUGCCUAGUGAGCAGGGUCAGGAAUUGAUGGAGGGCGGUAAUUUCGGAACCAACCCUCGACCUGAGGACACACUCAAAAGAAAGAAGAGGUUAGCUUACAAAAUUAUGCGGAGAGAGCUAGGCAUCGGUAGUGAUGGGCGCCAGAAGAAUUCCACGAGGCUGUUGAGGCAAGACAUGAUACCAGAAUCUGUGGCCGACACUAUCAUACACUACAAUGCGCGAUGCUAUUCUGGACAAUUUUCAGACGACGGUAAUUUCUUCUUUUCGUGCGCUCAGGACUUCAAAGUACGCAUGUACGACACGUCGAACCCAUAUGACUGGAAGUAUUACAAGACUGUGAGAUACGAUGGCGGCCAAUGGACGAUUACGGAUGCGUCGUUAAGUCCAGAUAACCGCUUUCUGGCGUACAGCUCCAUUAGAAGUAUCGUGGCGUUGGCACACACUGAUCCUGACAACGACGCUGAACCUCAUUAUCUUGAUUUCGCAGACCUCGGUCGGCCCACUCCACGUGGAUUCCGCGGAUACUUUGGCAUUUGGUCAAUACGAUUUUCUGGCGAUGGCCGUGAAAUUGUAGCAGGAACAGGAGACAGUUCCGUCUAUGUAUACGACAUCGAGCGUCGUCAGUCAGUACUACGCAUACCAGGUCAUCAAGACGAUGUAAACGCAGUCUGCUUCGGGGACACUCAAUCGCCACAUAUUCUUUACUCCGGCUCGGACGAUACAACACUCAAGGUCUGGGACCGAAGAAGUAUGGGUGAUGGCCGAGAAGCUGGUGUUUUCCUUGGGCACACGGAGGGAUUGACGUAUGUCGACAGCAAAGGAGACGGACGAUAUGUGCUUAGUAACGGCAAAGACCAAACUGCUAAGCUUUGGGAUUUAAGGAAGAUGAUGUCGAAAGAGAAAGCUGACCGCAUCGAUCCCAAUGCGUACACCAAUCGCUUCGAGUACCGAUCUAACGCGUACGAUUUCGAUGAGUACCGCCCACAUCCGCACGAUUGCUCGCUUGUCACGUUCCGCGGACAUAAAGUGCUGAAGACGCUUAUCCGAUGUCACUUCUCACCUCCUGGUAGCACAGACUCGCGAUACGUUUACUCUGGUAGCUACGAUGGCUCGGUCUAUGUCUGGAACAUGGACGCAACUCUUGCUGGCAAGGUCAACGUCCUCAAGGCGACUAAAAACUCACGACCACGCGAUCCAGACCUUCUCGCUGGCAUGUACGAACACUGGGGAAGGAAUGAGGGUAGAUGGCAGACGUGUGUCCGUGAUGCGAGCUGGCAUCCCAAUGCACCUAUGAUUGCCGCAACCUCAUGGAACGGCUGGGGCACCUCACAGGGAACUUGCACAGUCCACACCUGGAAUGAUGGGCUUGAAGAAGAUGAAGCAGAACCAAAGAUCGGGAGGCGGGUCAACGCACAACUGCAGCAUGAUGAACGACUUUACACGAGUCCCGAGGGCAGGGCGAGAAGGCAUCCCAUGUGGUACGAGGACAUGAUGAAUGAGGAGUGA